AUGGCAUGCGCGGGCGACCAGGCCCUGAAAAUUAAGUGGGAUCGUUGGUGCUGUUACUAUUCCUUGGCGGAACCGCCAUUUCUUUUGUCGCGGGCCACCAGGAAGAUCGGAGCGCCUUCGGCCAUUUGGGGAACCGCAGCCUUCUCGUAUCCGGAGCGUCAGCCGCAGAGGCGCCAUGCCUCCUCUGCCCAUCAGCCAUCCGCCCAUUCCGCGGCCAAGACAGUCGCGGCACCCCCCUGCCUGGGGCAGCACUGCGUCUACGGCAUAGUAGCAUCCAAGGCUCCCCCAGCGCAUGCUGACGCGAGAAAGCUUGGGAAUGCCAAUAUCGGUGACAGAACACUCUCAGCUUCGGGACAUAAUGUGCGGUUUCUCGAUUCCUUCCGCAGCUACAGGCACGGGUUUUGGCCACGUGAAGGAGCUGUGAUGCUGCGGCCUGCUGGGGGUGCACUGCAUUGCAGCAUGCAGUAG